ACUCAACUAAUGAUAGCAGUCAUGACAAAUCAUCUAGCGGUUGCAUGUGCUUGUAGUAGAUGAAUUUAAGAAAACGCUACUGAAAAGGCAAUAGUUACCUCUUAUCCACAAUUUCACCGAAUCAUCGCAAACAAGACUACAUAUUAUUACUAUUGAAGCGAGCCCAGAUAUGAGAGUGAUUUUAUUUCGUGUAUAUGCGAUUAGAACUUCAUAAUACCCAUACAUACGGACGAAAUAAAUAUAGACGAUUCAAUCAUGAAAAUAUUCAAAUUUUCCUGAAUUACAUGAACUAUUUGCCACAUCAUUACCAAAAAAUGGACUUUACGAGGAGUCUUUGGCUCCAGAACUGCAGAUCUGGACGUCGUGGGAUGUGUUGUGCUGUUGUAUUACUAGGUAUUAUUGUAGGAUCUGCACUACUGGUAUAUAGCGUAUCCGCGCCAAAGAAGGAUCACCGGUCUAUUAAGCAGAUUGCAAUUAUAUUCCGACAUGGAGCGAGAAAUCCUACAGAAACAUAUCCAAAAGAUCCUUAUGCUAAUCACCAAUGGGAGGAUGGUUGGGGAGCCUUAACAAAGGAAGGAAUGCGCCAGCUGUAUCAACUGGGCCAGUGGCUCAGGGGCCAAUAUGACCUUGUGAUUGGAAAAAAGUAUUACACGAAAACAACUCUAGUACGGAGCAGUUACGCAGAGAGAUGUAUUAUGUCCGCUCAGGCACUUCUGGCUGCACUAUUUCGUCCCGAGCCUCAGGAUUACUUCGUUCCUGAUCUACCCUGGAUACCUGUACCUGUAGCCUCAAUCCCAAGGGAUCAAGACAAACUCAUAACGGUGAAAUAUCUUUGCCCGAAACUAGAUGAAGCACUGAAGGAAGCUUAUGUAAAUGAAUCGAGAAAGUCAGGGAAGGAAAUGGCGCCUUAUUACUCAGAAUUAUCGUAUCACACUGGUCGCAAAAUGGAGACAAUAACUGAUGUUGAAUUCUUGUACAACACUCUUGAAAUUGAGGACCAGCAUGGACUCACACUGCCUAAUUGGACAAAAAAAAUUUACAACGAUAAAAUGCGAGAAAUUGCAGCCAGAAGUUUGGCAAUAUUCACGAGCAAUACCCUGCAACGACGGUUGCGAGGAGGUCCACUGUUGAAGGAGGUAUUGGAUAACAUGAUGCGAGCACGAUAUGACCAACACGAAAGGAAACUGUAUUUAUAUUCCGCGCAUGAUAUUACACUUGUAAAUGUGAUGCGCGCAAUGGGAUUUACCGAGGAAUUACUGAAACCAGAUUAUGGAGCAGCUCUUAUCUUUGAGCUUGUAUUAUCUGAGGAUAUGGAGGAGGGAGAACAUGCCUUAGAAGUCAAGGCGAAGUACUUGAAUAAUACAGUGACAUACGAAGCAACCCCUCUUAAAAUCCCCAGAUGCUCGGACCCGUGCAAACUCCUCAAUUUGUCGCAUGUAUGGCAAGACGUCCUUCCAACAAACUGGGAUUCUGAGUGCAAAGUUUAAUUAUUUGUGAAACUGUGUGAUCAACGGUAUAACUGGUGUUAUUAUUUUUCCAUAGCCUCUAUUUUCUCAUGGCAAGUUUUCAUAAUAUUUGGAGAACAUUCUCAAGAAAUUUGCAGAAACUCAAUUUAUUUUAAUCAUUUUUUACUGAAAUCAUUUGAACUCCCUGAGUACUAUAGAAGUGUUUCCGAUGAUUAUUGUGUCUGUGAUUUCGUAAUGGUUUCAAAGAAUUCACUGAUUUUCCGAAUUGAUAUAUUCUGUAAUUAAAUAUUUCUGCAGGAAAUUCCCGUGAAAAUUCUAAAUCAAUUUCGUGAUGUACCAGAUACCUCUGUGAUGAUGAUCAAUAAAAUCUUUGGCGCAUGAAAAAUGAAGGCAAUUU